AGGAGGAGCUCGUGCAGAGGCUGCAGGGGAGCGGUCGCGGCAGCGCCGGCGACGAGGGCAGCGAAAUCAGCAAGCUGAAGGAGAGCCUGCGGAACAUGCAGCAAGAGAAGAACGUACUGGUGAACGAGUUCGAGUGGAAGGAGCUCCAGUGGAAGACCCAGAUCGAAAACGCGCAGCUGGAGGUCGACGACCUGAAGCGACGGCUCGCCAGCGAGGCCAGCAAGCACCAGCUCCGCAUCGAGGCGCUGGAGGCCAGCGCCAAAGAGGCGCUGGAGGAGGCCAGAGCACCGCCACCGAGCCCCCCGCCGGCACCUGCCGAGCCCGCCCUCGCCCUUGGCUGGCUCCGCUGCCCGGUGCGCAGCGCCGGGCCGCCCCGGGUGGAGCAGCCCGCCUUCUGCCAGGAGAGACCUGCUGGAAGGUGGUCACCGAGAUCUCGGGCAUCGUCGCGCUCUGGUGCUCCGUCAGCGAGCACGUUAUCAAGCAGGCCUCCAGGGAGGCGAACCGCCUCUGGGGCUCCUCGAUGCUUGAGGGGAAGUCGGUGUUCUCCCUGGCCAACGGGCCUUCCAGCGCAUCGUGGCUCAAGAAGGCGUUCCAGUCCCACCAGCGCAUAGCGGACAUGGGCCAGACAGAUCGAGGCAUCCCUGGGUUCAUCGUCCGGGACCUGGGCUCGGAGACCUUCGCCUCCAAGAACGGUGACCCCUUCGACGCCUCCGUCAUCACGGCGCACUUCGCUGCCGAGCCAGGGUGCGGGAGGCCAGGCGGGGUGCUGGUCAUCCUGGAGCGCCUGGAGCUGAAGCCAGCCCUCGGCGGCUCCGCGGCGCACGCUGCGGGCUUCGCCGAGGGCGCGCAGCCGUCUCGCCCCAGGACCAGGGGGGCGCGCCCUCCCAGAGGGGCCACCGCCGCGGGGACAGCACCUCGUCGGAGGUGAGCAGCGUGAGCCCCAGCGACAGCGCGAGCAACGUCUUAAGAUUUUCCAGCGCGUGGUGACGGCGCUGCUUGCGCCGGCCUUCGAAGCGGGAAUCAUUCGAAUCACAGAAUCGGAACUCCGCGCGGUCAUCUCUGAUCGGCGCCCGGGCCCCCCUCGCGAAGCCUUCGGCGCCGUGUGUUUGGCGCGCUUCGCGCGCGAGAGAGACAUCUGCACGGACCGUCGAAUAGUCAUACGUGUUCGCGCCCUUUUUUUUCAUCUUUCCUUUAGCCAGCCAGCUAGCCCGGCAGCUUGCGCAGGGUCUCCACCACCUCCUCGUAGGAGAGUGCCCGCCGCCCCCUCCUCCUCCCCAGACCCCCAUCGCGUCGUGACGCGCAUCAGUGCGGGGGGGGGGGUUUUUCUGGGGGUCGACGUUACGGAACAAAUAUGGGUCACUCAAGCAGGCUCUGCUGCUCCGCUUCAGACCCUGUGCGUUGGCGCCCCGUGUCGGGCAUUCUGCUGGUGCAGGGCCGUGCUGCCCGAUCUUUGAACCACCUAUGCGCUUUGGACUCGCGGGAUGCGGCGCGCAUGGGCGAAACGCAGCUCGGCAGGCAUGCUCAGUCAGUUUCCCCCUCCUUUCACCUGCCCUUACGUUUUUAGUCUGUCUCCAGCUCGGCGCGGCAGCCGCAGUCCGGGAACGAAACACUUGUUUUGGAGCAGGAGUUGCAAGCGCAGGGGUCGGUGGAAUCGAUCCUCCUUGUUCAGCUGGCAUUAGGACUGGCUUCAGUGGCAAGCGCAGUACGUACAUUCUGCAUGUCCUUGCCGCGGGCGCAGAAUCGUUCUACGGUUCCAAUUGCUUGACGCUUCGCGUAUCUUCACUGGCCCCUUCAGAAAUAGUCACCAUUGCAGUUGCCCUGGCAGAGGAGCGAAGUAGCAUGCAUUCAAACAGCACAUGUUGUUGCCGCCCUCGUCUUCGGACCUCUUGGUGGCGUCGGCGGCGGAGUCGUCCUCGUCGGCGUUGUAGUCCUCCUCGUGACUGGCGUCGUCCUUGUCGCCGUCGUUGUAGCCCGCUGUUCGAAGGCUUCCCAGCGGUGGCGCCAGACGGCACAUGCGCUAGGAUCUGGUCGUUCGGGCAAGUUGUGAUUUGGCCUCUGCGCAGUUUCUCACGGUGCCCGUGCAGCCUCAUCGCUCAGCCCUUCUCAGGGGCCGACCCCGCCUCUGGCCCGAGCUGCCUGGGACCAGCCCGGGCACGGGCCCCAGGUGGCCUCUUCCUCCUCCUCGAUCCUCCUCCUCGGUCGUCCUCCUCCUCCUCG